AUGUGGAUCAAAGGUCCAACCACCCAACAGUCUUUCAGGAUCCUGUUAGAUGCUGGGUCUGGUGUGGAAGAAGCAGAAUUCAAUUGGGAUGAGUAUCUAGAAGACACUGGAGCAACUGCAGCCCCCCAUGGAUCUUUUAAACACGUGGACACUAGUUUGCAGAAUGGCUUUGCCCCUGGUAUGAAGCUAGAGGUUGCUAUCAAGUCUGACCACAACAACUACUGGGUAGCCACCAUCAUCACUACCUGUGGGCAGUUGCUCCUAUUACGCUACGAUGGCUAUGGGGAAGACCGCAAGGCAGACUUUUGGUGUGACAUCAUGACAGCUGACUUACACCCAGUUGGUUGGUGUGAGCAGAACAAAAAGAUUCUCAAAGUGCCUGAAGGUAUCAAGGAUAAGAUAUCUGACCAGGAAGAAUUCCUUCGACAGACACUGACAGGAGCAUGCAGUGCUCCUGCUAACCUGCUAGAGGGUCUUCACAGAGGGAAGAAUCCCUUGGAUCUCAUUGCACCAGGCUCCAGACUGGAAUGUCAAAACUCCCAAGACUCCUUGGCAGCCUGGAUUGUCAAGGUGGUGGAAAAUGUUGGCGGGAGGCUCAAGUUGCGCUACGAAGGUUUGGUAGAUUCUGACCAGUCUGAUCAGUGGAUGUUCUACUUGGAUCCAUUUCUUCAUCAAAUGGGCUGGGCAGCUCAACAGGGAUAUGACCUCCAACCUCCAGCAGCUAUCCGGUCCCUGAAGAGUGAGGCAGAAUGGCAGGACAUCUUGACAAAGGUGAAAGAGGAAGAAGAAGGGUCCUCAGUACCCACUGAUCUCUUUAAGGACAAGCCAGUGAUUGGAGUGCAUUCAUUCACUGCAAGCAUGAAGUUAGAGGCUGUGGAUCCAGUAGCACCUUUUGUCCUCUCUCCUGCUACAGUUGUGAAGGUGUUCAAUGAAAAAUAUUUCUUGGUGGAAAUUGAUGACUUGCGACCAGAAUGCACAACCAGCCGGUCAUACAUUUGUCAUGUCAACAGUGCUGGUAUCUUUCCUGUGCAGUGGAGUCUGAAAAAUGGUUUGCAUCUCAGCCCUCCACCAGGUUAUCCCGGGCAGGACUUUGAUUGGGCGGACUACCUCAAACAGUGCGGUGCUGAGGCUGCUCCCCAGAACUGCUUUCCUUUGCUAACUUCCAACCAUGGAUUUAAAGAGAACAUGAAGCUUGAGGCUGUGAACCCUGUUGAUCCAGGGGAAAUUUGCAUUGCCACAGUCACCAAGGUGAAAGAGUCCUACCUUUGGCUUCAAUUGGAGGGCUCCAAAAGGCCAGUUCCUGAAUGCAUAGUGAGUGUGGAAUCGAUGAAUAUAUUUCCAGUGGGUUGGUGUGAGACCAAUGGAUACCAGCUCAGACCUCCUCGCAGAGCAAUAGUGAACAAACAGAGGAAAAUUGCUGUGGUUCAACCAGAGAAACAAAUUUUGUCUUCAAGGACUGUCCAUGAGAGGCUGAAGAACCAGGAACUGAAUUCCACUGACUCAGUUGUAAUUAAUGGAAAGUACUGCUGUCCAAAGAUCUACUUCAACCACCGGUGCUUCUCAGGACCUUACCUUAACAAAGGGAGAAUUGCAGAGCUGCCUCAGUCUGUGGGACCUGGGAACUGCGUUCUUGUCCUUAAAGAGGUUCUCACUUUAUUGAUCAAUGCAGCCUACAAACCUAGCCGUGUCCUUCGAGAACUCCAGCUGGAUGAGGAUGCUGCCUGGCAUGGGCAUGGAGAGACCCUGAAAGCAAAGUACAAAGGGAAGAGUUACCGUGCCACUGUGGAGGUUGUGAGAACAGCAGAUCGGGUGGCAGAUUUCUGUAGAACAACCUGCAUCAAACUGGAAUGCUGUCCAAAUCUCUUUGGCCCACAGAUGGUGCUAGAUAAGUGUUCAGAGAACUGCUCUGUCCUGACAAAGACCAAAUACACACACUAUUAUGGGAAGAGGAAAAACAAAAGGAUUGGCCGACCACCGGGUGGCCACAGUAAUCUGGAAGCAGUCAUGAAGAAACCAAGCAAGAGGAGGAAGAGACGAAAACACUUCUUUGUCCAUAAGAAAAAACGUUCUUCCACCUCAGUGGACAACUCUCCAGUUGGAUCUCCCCAGGGCAGUGGGGGAGAGGAAGAGGAUGACCAGGAUGACAUAGAUGAAGAAUCAUUGAGUGAGGACAGUACCUCAGAGCAACAAGAUGAACUGCUUGAAGAGUCAGAAGUGUCGGAGAAGAAAUCACGGUCCUCCUCUCCCACGCAAAGUGAACUGUCCCACUGCCUGGCUCAGGAUCAAGACAAGCGGAAGAGGAAGCUCCGGACCUUUUCCUUCUCUGAUGAUGAAAAUAAACCCCCUUCACCAAAGGAAAUAAAGAUUGAAGUUGCCGAAAAGCUGCAACUGGACAGUAACCCUCUGGAAUGGAGCGUGGCUGACGUCGUGCGGUUCCUCAAAUCCACAGACUGCGCCCCGUUAGCCAGAAUUUUCCUGGAUCAGGAAAUAGAUGGUCAGGCGCUUCUCCUGCUCACCCUCCCCACUGUUCAGGAGUGCAUGGACUUGAAACUUGGGCCAGCCAUUAAACUUUGCCAUCACAUUGAAAGGGUCAAACUUGCUUUUUAUCAGCAGUUUGCUAACUGA